UCUAUAGUUUAUGUAGAAUCCGGGUUGUUCUCGUUUAGUUUUCUUAUUUCUUGGUUUAUUAUGAGUGCUAUACAUAGAGAAGGUGUACAAAAGCAAAUCCAUCAGGAUUGGGCUAAUCGUGAAUACAUAGAAGUGAUAACAGCAAGCAUAAAGCGCAUAACGGACUUUCUUAAUUCUUUUGACAUGUCCUGUCGUUCCCGCCUUGCUGUGCUGAAUGAAAAAUUGUCGACGUUAGAACGCCGAAUCGAUUACUUAGAAGCAUGUGUAACACAAGGAGAAACUUUGACAUAAGAUUUGCUUAGAUUGAAAUUAAAAUAAAAUAUUAAAAAUAGAAAAUAAACCUAGAAAAAAA